CUGUCAAAAUUAUUUGAUCCAUUUGACCAAACACAAUCAAAUUCAGAAGUAUAGGGAACCUAAGGGGAAGCAUAUAGAAAAUAAGAACAGAAAUUCCGUUUUGUACCUUUAUACUUUUGUAACCUUUUUGGCAAAUCGUUGGUCAACUCCACUUAGUCUCCACCCUGCACUUGUGGAUCAUGUCGAAGGCAGUCAGUGUCAGGGACGAGCUUGACAUCCCAGCAGCAUCGGCGAACAACAAUCAGACAACGCUCCAAAUCGAGUUGAAAAUCGUGCCGGGGCCGGAAAUUCUGACAGAGGUUGUGAAGCGGGAUGAGCUAGAGAAACUGGAGGAGACGAGGUUAGAGGAGAAGUUGCAGAAGCCGGAACGCAAUUCGCGCGACACAUCUGAGGGAGUUUCCAACGAACCAGCCGAAAAGCAAGAACCCAACCGUAUUCAGGAGAGCGAUGCCCUUGGCGAGCCGCAGGAUCUUGGUGGACUAGGCGACGGUCCGGAUCUGGAGUCCGGUUCGUCCUUCACUUCCUGCUGUUCCUACAAGCAUAUGCGGGAAUCGAUCCUUCAGCGAGAGCGCCACGCCUCAACCUUGAGCUUGGACAGCGGCAUUGACAUCAACAGCUUGGUGAAUCCGUCCCUCAAGUUGUCCCAGCAGGCACUGCACACUGCGCCUCCUCCCGCAGAAGAUCUGGUCGAUAGCCCCACAGUAUCCUCUGUUCGGAUCCUGAUGGAGCGGCGCUCUAUGUGCUAUACGCCCGAAUGCAGUGAUGGCGAUUUCGAGAUUGGCAUUGAGGAAGUCUACCUGAGAUUUGCGGCCCUAUUUAGUCGUCAGGAAAUAGACGUUGCCUACUUGAAUUUUACGCAGGUAGAUGAGGACCUCGACGGAUACAUCUGCCUGGCGGAGCUGAAGCGAUUGUUGGAGAAGCUUGACAUACCGCAGACCCACUUGGCGGCCAAAAAGGUGAUGGCCAAUGUGGUUGGCCCCAACGAGGACCGUUUAAACUUCUGCCAGCUGCUGCUUAUUUAUGGCACUUUGAUGCAUCGAGUGGAGGUCCAGAAGUAUGGCAUCCACGAUAGAGUGGCGAAACGUUUCGCUCUUACGGAGGCCGUCGAUGUCUCCCAAGUGGGCGUCACUGGAGCCCGUCUCUUUUUCGAGGCAAAGAUUGCCCAGCAGCAGGCGGAGCCAAUUUAUCCCACCGUCUUCGAUCAGGAACAGCCCGUGACCCGCACAUCCCACUCCACUUCGGCGGAGACCCAGAGCUCCAGUUCCCAGAGAGAGCAGUUUAAAUGCGCUACCGCCCUAUUCAAGAAGCUUGAGAGCUAGAACGACCACUGACCAGAUUAUUCACCAGGCGAUCCCUAUAUCAAUCCUCACUUCCGCCGAGUGUGUUGUGUCCAAAAUUUUCAGUCAAAAUAUAGAGAAUAAAUUAACGUUUACUUGCCGAUA